GGGAUAUUGUAUUGACUCAACAGGAAAAGGACUUCGGUUUAGAGUAGUACAUCGUCAGAGGACAACAAUAAAUACUGUCGGUGACAUCAACGCAGGAAGGCUACUUUAUUGUGCUGUAGAAGUUUUGACACGUUUCUCCUCAACCGGGCAGUGCGGCUCGUUUUUAGCAUACUCUCUUCUGUUAAUGUGCUAGAAUAAUAAGUGUCAUUUCGCUUGAUAAGUUUGCCAAUGACACCGUUGAACUUGACAUGAAGGAGAAAACGCUUCUUCGCGCUAAGUUCCACUGGACUUCAACAGCAGCAACAGCUGGAAUAGUUCUGCUGAGUUUGUUUGCAUGGUCUUGUCACGCAGAAGAAGCAUCUUGUCACGGAGCUUACGACUUGUACUUUGUUCUAGAUAGGUAAGUGACAUUUGUUGUAACUUGGAAUGUGUUACCCUGUUAUGUUCAGGGAUGGAAACAAUAAGAAUGUUGCUACGAUGUGACAAUGUAACAACAACAGUGUCAAUGUAGCUACGAUGUAACAACAAUGAAGCAAUGUCACAUUAAGCCUAGAAAUGUACACAGUCACAUUGAUUAUUCAUAUGGUUCAAAUCAAUCAUGCUUGGUCCCGUACAGCAGCUGAAAGGUUAAAUUGGUUAGUUCCCGGCCUAGAAUGCAGGCCUAAAUACAUUAACCUGCCGAACAGUCCAAUAAAUAUUUUUCCCCCAAAAGUUAUCUGAAAAAAAAAAAAAUAUAUAUAUAUAUAUAUAUAUAUAUAUAUGUUGUUGUCAUUUUCGUUAUUGGAUACAAACGACUUUAAAAUCACCAGGAAACGAGCCCACUCAUAUAAAGAGCCAUAUGAUUGUAUCCCAAUGUAAUCGAGGUUUGAAAUUAUUCAGUUUAUCUCAAAUUCUACAUCUGUUUGGGAUUCUUGCGGUACAUUUGCAGUGUACAAAUUAUUCAUAACUAUGUUCCUGCCCCCCUGACCAUCCGCUCAAGAAGAAAAAAAAAUCGUCCAAAAGGCUGAAUGUAAUUGGUGACCCCUGCCAUAGGUCUAUGCAUAUGAAACAAUAUGGCAGCCAUAUAGACUGUAUGCCUAUUGGAAGCACUGUUUAGAUCUGCCUAACCAUGAUACAUUGUAAAGAUAACAUGACGCUACUUAGACAAAGCUUUUGUGUGGUCUUAAACCCAGCCCUCACUGCAACCCCGAUCCUUUGUAACACAUGGAGAACUCUUUCCAGUUCUGCAAAAGUUUAGAGGAAGAGGAGGUUCGGUGAUGCAUACCCAUACUGUCUCAGCAAGCGAACUGACUUGAUACAACAAACGUUUUAAGUUUUGACUUAAUUAUUCUUCUCUAUCAACUUCUAGACCAGGAAAUAAACAUUGCCCGUUGCAGCUCUGCACCUCCCUCCAGUUUCAAACCCCUCUAGUCUACUGCUCCACCCUGUUUCCAAAUAUAUAAUGACAGGAUGAUGCAGAGAUUACUGCUGAUACCAUUGAUAAACUAAAAGGGCUUUUUGAGAGCUGCAUGGGGCCCAAAUACUGUGCUUUCAGAAAGUAAUAAUAUGCCAUUUAGCGGACGCUUUUAUCCAAAGCGACUUACAGUCAUGUGCACAUACAUUUUUACGUAUGGGUGGUCCAGGGGAUCGAACCCACUACCCUGGCGUUACAAGCGCCAUGCUCUACCAACUGAGCUACAGAGGACCAGAGGAAAGUGUUCAUACCCUUUCACUUAUUCCACGUUUUGUUGUUACAGCCUGAAUUCAACAUUUAUUAAGUUGUUUUUUCUCACCCGUCUACACACGAUACCCAAUAAUGGCAAAGUGAAAACAUGUUUUUAGACAUUUUUGCAAGUUUUAUUGAAAAUGAAUUACAGAAAUAUCUCAUUUACAUACACUACCGUUCAAAAGUUAGAAAUGUCCUUGUUAUCGAAAGAAAAGCAAUUUUUUUGUCCAUUAAAAUAACAUCAAAUUGAUCAGAAAUACAGUGUAGACAUUGUUAAUGUUGUAAAUGGUUAUUGUAGCUGGAAACGGCUGAUUUUUAAUGGAAUAUCUACAUAGGCGUACAGAGGCCCAUUAUCAGCAACCAUCAGUCCUGUGUUCCAAUGGCACGUUGUGUUUGCUAAUCCAAGUUUAUCAUUUAAAAAGGCUAAUUGAUCAUUAGAAAACCCUUUUGCAAUUAUUUUAGCACAGCUGAAAACUGUUGUGCUGAUUAAAGAAGCAAUAUAACUGGCCUUCUUGAGACUAGUUGAGUAUCUGGAGCAUCAGCAAUUGUGGGUUUGAUUACAGGCUCAAAAUGGCCCGAAACAAAUAACUUUCUUUUGAAACUCGUCAGUCUAUUCUUGUUCUGAGAAAUGAAGGCUAUUCCAUGCGAGAAAUUGCCAAGAAACUGAAGAUCUCGUACAACGCUGUGUACUACUCCCUUCACAGAACAGCGCAAACUGUCUCUAACCAGAAUAGAAAGAGGAGUGGGAGGCCCUAGUGCACAACUGAGCAAGAGGACAAACACAUUAGAGUGUCUAUAUUGAGAAACAGACGCCUCACAGGUCCUCAACUGGCAGCUUCAUUAAAUAGUACCCGCAAAACACCAGUCUCAACGUCAACAGUGAAGAGGCGACUCCGGGAUGCUGACCUUCUAGGCAGAGUUGCAAAGAAAAAGCCAUAUCUCAGACUGGCCAAUAAAAAGAAAAGAUUAAGAUGGGCAAAAUAAUACAGACACUGGACAGAGGACGAUUGGAAAAAAGUGUUAUGGACAGACGAAUCGAAGAACAUUUGUGAGAAGCAGAACAAAUGAAAAGAUGCUGGAGGAGUGCUUGAUGCCAUCUGUCAAGUAUGGUGGAGGCAAUGUGAUGGUCUGGGGGUGCUUUGGUGGUGGUAAAGUAGGAGAUUUGUACAGGGUAAAAGGGAUCUUGAAGAAGGAAGGCUAUCACUCCAUUUUGCAACGCCAUGCCAUACCCUGUGGACAGCACUUGAUUGGAGCCAAUUUCCUCCUACAACAGGACAAUGACCCAAAGCACAGCUCCAAACUAUGCAAUAACUAUUUAGGGAAGAAGCAGUCAGCUUCUGUCUAUAAUGGAGUGGCCAGCACAGUCACCGGAUCUCAACCCUAUUGAGCUGUUGUGGGAGCAGCUUGACCGUAUGGUACGUAAGAAGUGCCCAUCAAGCCAAUCCAACUUUUGGGAGGUGCUUCAGGAAGCAUGGGGUGAAAUCUCUUCAGAUUACCUCGACAAACUGACAACUAGAAUGCCAAAGGUCUGCAAGGCUGUAAUUGCUGGAAAAUGGAGGAUUCUUUGACGAAAGCUAAAUUUUGAAGGACACAAUUAUUAUUUCAAUAAAAAAAAUCAUUAUUUCUAACCUUGUCAGUGACUACAUUUCCUAUGCAUUUUGCUAUAUUUCCUAUUCAAACUAAUUUCUUGUAUGUUUUCAUGGAAAACAAGGACAUUUCUAAGUGACCCCAAACUUUUGAACGGUAGUGUAACUGUUCACACCCCUGGGUCAAUAGGGUAGAGUCACCUUUGACCUUCGAUUACAGCUGAGACUCUUUCUGGGUAAGUCUCUAUGAGCUUUGCACACCUGGAUUGUACAAUAUCUGCACAUUAGUAUUUUUUUUUAAAUCUUCAAGCUCUGUCAAGUUGGUUGUUGAUCAUUGCUAGCCAUUUUCAAGUUUUGCCAUAGAUUUUCAAGCCGAUUUAAGUGAAAACUGUAACUAGGCCACUCAGGAACAUUCAAUGUCGUCUUGGUAAGUAGCUCCAGUGUAAAUUUGGCCUUGCAUUUUAGGUUGUCAUGCUGAAAGGUGGAUUUGUGUCCCAGUGUCUGUUGGAAAGCAGACUGAACCAAGUUUUCCUCUAGGAAUUUGCCUGUGCUUAGCUCUAUUCCGUUUCUUUUCAUCCUAAAAAACUCCCUAGUCCUUGCUGAUGACAAGCAUACCCAUAGCAUGAUGCAGCCAUCACCAAUGUUCCCUAUAAUUUUUCAGGAAAAAUAUUAAAAUUAAAAAAAUCAGGCACUGAGCAAAUUUCAGGUCUGCUGAGCAAACUUGAACGUUGUGAAAAUUCUGUGCAACUUCCAGCGUGCAUUUACUGUGAACACAGGCUGUACCCCCUUUAAGUUACAGUUUUAACAGUGGCCAAGUAGGCUACUAUGGCAAUUUGAUCAUAAUGUAGGCCUACCAGAGUAGCCUACCAAAACAAUGGAGAAAAUGCAUCCCAUAACAUUUUAACAUGGAAAUAGCUGGUCUAUCAUUCAGUCUACAGUAGCAGCCAAUGUGUGGUGUUCAAUGUAGGCCUACAUUCCGUGAGACUUUUGAAAGAAAAAAAACAUGCAGGGCUUGACAUUAACCUGUUUAUCAACUUGUCCUUCAGACAAGGAGGUGACUGAAAAUGUUGUUGUGUUGUUUGAUGCAAGAAACUACUUUACAAAAUAAAAAGCUUUAUUAUUCCCAAACCAUUAUUAAAGAGAAUCAGACAAAUUAUGCUACCCUCUGCCUAUUGGCUACAUAGCUUAUUCAAACCAGGUCUGUGUAGAGUAUGGGCUGAGUCAUGCACAAUAGAAUCCUACUCUGAUGCAUUGUGCCUACAACAAAAUCUCUUGCACAGUUCGUUUUGUUUCGGUAUGUUGCAUUGGAAGUGGAUAAUAUUGCGUUGAUUCGAUCACAAUUGCCACAGUAAAGGGAAACGUUGAUAGCGUUAACUAACAGGGGAAACUCUAGAGAGUUGAGUGAAGUUCAAUCUCGUGCUCCGUGGGCUGAUAUUUCAUCUGCGCUCUGCCGGCAGUCUUGGGGCUACUGCACACAGCUAAGAGGGAACAUUGGCCGCCACCAUGCUUGAAAAUAUGAAGUGUUGGAUUUGCCCCAAACAUAACGCUUUGUAUUCAGGACAUAAAGUUAAUUUCUUUGCCACAUUUUUUGCUGUUUUAAUUUAGUGCCUUGUUGCAAACAGGAUCUUUUUAUUCUGUACAGGCUUUCUUCUUUUCACUCUGUCAAUUAGGUUAGUAUUGUGGAGUAACUAUAAUGUUGUUGAUCCAUCCUCAGUUUUCUCCCAUCACAGCCAUUAAACUCUGUAACUGUUUUAAAGUCACCAUUGGCCUCAUGGUGAAAUCCCUGAGCGGUUUCCUUCCUCUCCGGCAACUGAGUUAGGAAGGAAGCCUGUAUCUUUGUAUUGUGGUCCUCUGUAGCUCAAUUGGUAGAGCAUGGCGCUUGUAACGCCAGGGUAGUGGGUUCGAUCCCCGGGACCACCCAUACGUAAAAAUGUAUGCACGCAUGACUGUAAGUCGCUUUGGAUAAAAGCGUCUGCUAAAUGGCAUAUUAUUAUAUUAUAUUAUUAUUGACUGUGUGUAUUGAUACACCAUCCAAAGUGUAAUUAAUAACUUCACCAUGCUCAAAGGGAUAUUCAAUAUCUGCUUUUUCUAUUUUUACCCAUCUACCAAUAGGUGCCCUUCUUGGAAAACCUCCCUGGUCUUUGUGGUUGAAUCUGUGUUUGAAAUUCACUGCUCGACUGAGGGACCUUACAGAUAAUGAUGUGUGUGGGGUACAGAGAUGAAAUAGUCAUUCAAAAAUCAUGUUAAACACUAUUAUUGAAAGAAAAAACGAAUACAUUCAAAAGCUUUAACAAGAGCAAGGUAUUGUGUUUCAUUUGAAAACAGCUUAACAUAAAAACAGAAUAUCAUCCCACCACCCCUACCUUUCCGUUUACUCAAAAUAACACGUACACAGAACAAUAUAUUCCAUUGUAGUUCUUGAGUCCAUGCAACUUAUUAUGUGACUUGUUAAGCAAAGUUUUACUCCUGAACUUAUUUAGGCUUGCCAUAACAAAGGGAUUGAAUACUUAUUGACUCAAGACAUUUCCGUUUUUCAGUUUUUUAUUAAUUAGUAAACAUUUCUAAAAACAUAAUUCCACUUUGACAUUAUGGGGCCAGUGACACGAAAUCCAUUUAAAAUUCAGGCUGUAACACACCAAAAUGUGGAAAAAGUGUGUGAAUACUCUGAAGGCAUACAGUACUUUGGCCUACUAGUAAACAUUAGAAACAAAAGCCAACUGCAUGUUGCAGUGAACGGUCCGUCAGUCCAACACCAUAGCCAUUACACCAAGAGGUCCGAAGCUCUUGAGGUCAGUACUGACGUGUAGGUGUUGUAACGAGGACCAAUGUAAUGUAUUCACAAAGUUAAUCACCUCUUUGCCAGACAGAAACAUUGACCUUGUCUUGGAGAUGGGGGAGGAGAGAAGCUGUGUGAAAGAUGGUGGCCCUAAUGGUGAAUCUCUCAUGUUUUAAUGUUCUCUGCACAUACAUUGAAUUGUAAUUAUUAGUUUAAUUACUCCGAUGUCGUUAUCAUCAAGGGCAGAUUUAACACACUGACUGUGUUCACAUUGCUCACUUUGACUGAUAGAGGGUAAGCACACUCCAACAUCACCCUCUUGACUGUUGCAGUCACAUUUAGGAACAUGAUGUAUCUCAAUGAUAACAAUAAUAACACAAGCUAUGAGUCAUCAUAUCAGUUAUCAACCAAAAUAGUUUAUUUAAUGAAACUAGGUGGUAUUGGCAUUGUAGCAAGGAAAUGACCAGGAAGUAAACCAAGGAUGUAGACCAGGACGUAAACCAAGGAAGUAGAACAGGAAGUAGACCAGGAAGUAAACCAAGAAAGUAAACCAGUGAAGUAGACCAGGAAGUAGACCAGGAAGUGAACCAAAGAACCAAGGAAGUAAACUAAGAAUGUAAACCAAGGAAGUAAACCAAUUAAGUGAACCAAUUAAGUGAACCAAUUAAGUGAACCAAGGUAGUAGACCAGGAAGUAGACCAGGGAAGUAUUCCAGGGAAGUAGACCAGGGAAGUAGACCAGGGAAGUAGACCAGGGAAGUAUUCCAGGGAAGUAUUCCAGGGAAGUAAACCAGGGAAGUAAACCAGGGAAGUAAACCAGGCCACAGCACUUGUGAUGCAGCUGUAGACACUCACAUUAUCAGUGGUUUUGGCACAACAACGCUUUAAUAACGUAAAUAAUGUUACCAAUGUCUCUAAUCUCUCUGCUCUUCUCAUCAUGACCACCAUAAUGAAUCCUUUAUCCAUCUGUAGAGACAUCCAGUUCUUGCAGGAGGUGAUCAAGUUCAAACAUUCUCCUAAGGAAUUGUGUGACUCAAGUUUAAUUUAGUUUCAAAGACAAUGUGGUUGUCUUUCAUCUACUGUAUCUGAAAGCAUCGGUCUGAACAAAUUCAGCUUAUUCGUGCUGUGCUCAAUUAACAGCACUCUGCAGGCCUAGUCAGCAAGUCUAACUGUAGCAGCUCUAUGGAUGUAAAUCAUCACAAUUGUAGGUUAAGGUGCUCUUUGGUGAAGGGGUUAUUGGUCAGCAAAAACAACAGGAGGAUCAAGGCAGUCUUCAUGAUUAUUAAAAUGCCUUUAUUGUUGUGGGCUCGUCCAAUGGAACAGAACUCUGCAAGUCAACUGUGUUUUCUCUGUUGCAGGUCGGGAAGUGUUUCUAACGACUGGGGUGAGAUUUAUGCCUUUGUGAAGAAUCUGACAGACCGAUUUGUGAGGUAAGCAUUUUGGAUGCUUUACAAAUUACUUGUGGUCUGGCGAAGGGACAAGGACUGAGUGUAAUGGAGAAGACUUGUUGAUUGCUUAUGCUCCCCGAUGAGCGUUGGGUAAGUAAAGGGAGGACUGGAUAUGUUUGUUAAAAUGGAUUCUGAGGCCCUUGGAGAUUUCAACAAAUCAACAAAUGCCACUUUUGUCUAUGCCCAGCUUUAUAUCACAUCUGAGUUUCUAUCUAUCUUGUACCUGUUUUUAAACGUUCUUCUGACCAACUUCUGUCUAGCUAAACGACUAAUCAAAUUCUUCCCAGUCCAUUAACAAAUAUAGCCUAACUCUGCAUACUGUACCGACUACCGUAGUAAACAGUCCUCAUGUCCAACCUGUGUUAAACAAGAGGAGAAAAAGGACCAAUUAAAUUAAAUUGCAGGCUGAAUCUUUUAGCUUGCGUAACAACGUUGGUUGACUCAAUGCUAUGUGCCAGUCCAGACGGUAUCGACCCAGCCAAACUGAAAUGAAGAAAUGGUUUGUUGAAGAACAUAGCAAGCAGGCCAGGUGGGAGUGGGAGGCAGCGAGGAUCAGUCUUAUGGGCUGUGAGAAUGGCCAUUUGUACCAGGGUGGUCCAGAUCCACACAUAGAUAUCUAUCUCCCCUUCCUUCCACAGAAAGGGGGCCAGAAGACCUGGGUUCAAGUACUAUUUGAUAUCUUUCAAAUACUUUGAGCGUUUUUGUUCUCGCCUUCCAAAAGGGCCAGACGGGCGGGGUUUACAGUAUUGCGAUUAUUCAAUUGGUCCAUUAAGCAAGGCAGGCAAGCUCAAUCAAGUGCAGAUAAAGUAUUUUAAAUGAUUCAGAAUAGUAUUUUGAACCCAGGUGGUCCUGCACGGAAUGGUCCAGGGAGAGGCAGGGAAUGUACAGUAAGGCAAAAGAACACAGAGAGGCGAGGACAAUCUGCUACACAAUGCUCGUUUACCAGGAACACUUCUGCUCUGCCAUGUGGAGCAUGCAGGCUGGAGAGAUAUCUCUCUUCUGGUUUUUCUCCAGAUUUGGAUUUUAUCCCUGGCACUGCAAGCAAGCUCUUGAUUUAUUCAGUGUUGUUUGAAGAGAAAACUGAAGAAAAAAAAAAAGAAGAUUUAAUUGCAAUUAUAAUUUCAGCCUUGCCUGAGAUGUUAGGCAAACAUCUUUAGAUAUAAGAUCAGUAAAGUAUGUAUGGGGAAUAGAUUGGAUUCUAGCCAGUCCAUCACCUGUCUAAAGUUACAAAUAGUACAAAUAUUUUGACUCACACAAUUUCUCAUUUAUCACUAAAUCCAAUUCUCAAUCUCCACAAACAAAUUACUCAGUCAGGCUCUAAAAAUACAUAUUUAGUAAGGACAUGAUCCAUACGUCUGCUGUGUUUUUUUGCCAGACCUGUCCGUGUGGCUAAAAGAUGCAAUGUGGUCUGACUGUGGGCAAGGACUAGCUGAGACUAGCUGAGACUAGCUGAGACUAGGCCAUGUGUCAUGUGGGUGAGAGAAAGCAACACCUCUCCUUAUGCUCUGAAGAACGCUCGCAUCUCUGAGGACUCUACUGGUCCAGGAAAUACUGUAUAUACAUAUUUACUCAGCUAAAUAUUUUUCAGAGUUUAUAAAGGCAGUUGUUGUUUUUUUUUGCCAAAUAUUUAUAUCCAUGUACAGCUGUGUUUGCACCUUAGGAUCAGUCAAGGCAAAACUAACGGGCAGGUGGAACAGCUAGAUAUAGAUCGUGUGGGUUUGGUCUGGAACAAAGCAUAUGACUUUCCAUUACCCAUUCACACCCUCAUAAAGUGACAGGUAUAAAAAUAUAUUGCACAACAUCCUGUGUGUGUGGAGGUGGUGGUGGUGGUGGUGGUGGUGGUGGGGGGGGGGGGGGGGGGGGGGGGGGGGGGGGGGGGGGGGGGUUAAUCAUUGUCAUGACAACCUGUUUACUGUCUGUUAACCACUUCCUCCCUCCUCAGGAGAACAGCAUAUCCUCCCUUAAAUCACAUACUGUACUAGAAUCAGGUGAUACAAACUAGUGUAUUGGUAUCUUGUAUACCAUGUAACGUUUGUUGGUAGUUUGCUUUUCUUCACACUGCGUAUCUGAAAUAAUGUAUUUACACUUCACAGUCUAUUCAAUAACUGUCUAACUCAUUCUGGGUUUGUCAAGUCAAUGAGAUCCUAAUGGUCAAACCUUCACAUAUUGUUGAGUGUUACAUUACUGUGCAGUCUAGAAUAGUAUACAAUAAUACUAAUGAAAAUACUGUAUAUUGACCUGAUAUAUAUUCUACUGUAUAUUGACCUGAUAUAUAUUUUACUGUAUAUUAACCUGAUAUAUAUUCUACUGUAUAUUAACCUGAUAUAUAUUCUACUGUAUAUUGACUUGAUAUAUAUUCUACUGUAUAUUGACCUGAUAUAUAUUCUACUGUAUAUUGACCUGAUAUAUAUUCUACUGUAUAUUGACCUGAUAUAUAUUCUACUGUAUAUUGACCUGAUAUAUAUUCUACUGUAUAUUGACCUGAUAUAUAUUCUACUCUAUAUUGACCUGAUAUAUAUUCUACUGUAUAUUGACUUGAUAUAUAUUCUACUGUAUAUUGACCUGAUAUAUAUUCUACUGUAUAUUGACCUGAUAUAUAUUCUACUGUAUAUUGACCUGAUAUAUAUUUUACUGUAUAUUAACCUGAUAUAUAUUCAACUGUAUAUUGACUUGAUAUAUAUUCUACUGUAUAUUGACCUGAUAUAUAUUCUACUGUGUAUUGACUUGAUAUAUGUCUCCCGAGUGGCGCAGUGGUCUAAGGCACUGCAUCGCAGUGCUAGCUGUGCAACUAGAGAUCCUGGUUCGAAUCCAGGCUCUGUCGUAGCCGGCCGUGACCGGGAGACCCAUGGGGCGGCGCACAAUUGGCCCAGUGUCGUCCAGGGUAGGGGAGGGAAUGGCAGGCAGGGAUGUUGGUAGAGCAUGGUGUUAGCAACGCCAGGGUUGUGGGUUUGAUUCCCGCGGGGGGCCAGUAUGAUUUUUUUAUUUUUAUAUAUGUAUGCACUGUAAGUCGCUCUGGAUAAGAGCGUCAGCUAAAUGACUAAAAUGUAAAUGUAAAUGUAAGGGUUAAGGAAAGGUAAAGACCUGAUAUACACUACCAGUCAAAAGUUUGGACACAUACACAUUCAAGGGUUUUUCUUUAUUUUUACUUUAUUUUACAUUGUAGAAUAAUAGUGAAGACAUCAAAACUAUGAAAUAACACAUAUGGAAUCAUGUAGGAACCAAACAAGUGUUAAACAAAUCAAAAUAUAUGUUAUAUUUGAGAAUCUUCAAAUAGCCACCCUUUGCCUUGAUGACAGCUUUGCACACUCUUGGCAUUCUCUCAACCAGCUUCAUGAGGUAGUCACCUGGAAUGCAUUUCAAUUAACAGGUAUGCCUUGUUAAAAGUUAAUGUGUGGAAUUUCUUUCCUUCUUAAUGCGUUUGAGCCAAUCAGUUGUGUUGUGACAAGGUAGGGGGGGGGGGGGGGUAUACAGAAGACAGCCCUAUUUGGUAAAAGACCAAGUCCAUAUUAUUGCAAGAACAGCUCUAAUAAGCAAAGAGAAACAACGGUCCAUCAUUACUUUAAGACAUGAAGGUCAGUCAAUACGGAACAUUUCAAGAACUUUGAAAGUUUCUUCAAGUGCAGUCGCAAAAACCAUCAAGCGCUCUGAUGAAACUGGCUCUCAUGAGGACCACCACAGGAAUGGAAGACCCAGAGUUACCUCUGCUGCAGAGGAUAAGUUCAUUGGAGUUACCAGCCUCAGAAAUUGUAGCCCAAAUAAAUGCUUCACAGAGUUCAAGUCACAGACACAUCUCAACAUCAACUGUUCAGAGGGGACUGUGUGAAUCAGGCCUUCUUGGUCGAAUUGCUGCAAAGAAACCACUACUAAAGGACACCAAUAAGAAGAAGAGACCUGCUUGGGCUAAGAAACACGAGCAAUGGACAUUAGACCGGUGGAAAUGUGUCCUUUGGUCUGGAGUCCAAAUUGGAGAUUUUUGGUUCCAACCGCCGUGUUUUGUGAGACGCGGUGUGGGUGAACGGAUGAUCUCUUCAUGUGUAGUUCCCACCAUAAAGCAUGGAGGACGAGGUGUUAUGGUGUGGAGGUGCUUUGCUGGUGACUCUCUGAUUUAUUUAGAAUUCAAGGCACACUUAACCAGCAUGGCUACCACAGCAUUCUGCAGUGAUACGCCAUGUCAUCUGGUUUGGGCUUAGUUGGACUAUCAUUUGUUUUUCAACAGGAACAUGACCCAACACACCUCCAGCCUGUGUAAGGGCUAUUCUAUCAAGAAGGAGUGUGAGGUGGUUUUGGAUGAGUCGGACGGCAGAGUGAAGGAGGUGAGUGGCGAGUGGCGCAGUGGGCAAAGGCAUUGCAUCGCAGUGCUAGCUGUGCCACUAGAGACCCUGGUUCGAAUCCAGGCUCUGUCGUUGCCGGCCGCGACCGGGAGACCCAUGGGGCUGCGCGCAAUUGGUGGUAGGGGAGGGAAUGGCCGGCAGGGAUGUAGCUCUGUUGGUAGAGCAUGGUGUUUGCAACGCCAGGAUUGUGGGUUCGAUUCCCACGGGGGGCCAGUAUGAAAAAAAGAAUGUAUGCACUCACUAACUGUAAGCCGCUCUGGAUAAGAGCGUCUGCUAAAUGACUAAAAACAAAACAAAAACAAGGAAUAGCAGGUAAAAAGUGCUCAGCAUAUGUGGUAUCUCCUUCAAGACUGUUGGAAAAGCAUUCCAGGUGAAGCUGGUUGAGAGAAUGCCAAGAGUGUGCAAAGCUGUCAUCAAGGCAAAGGGUGGCUAUUCUCAAAUAUAAAAUAUAUUUUGAUUAGUUUAACAAUUUUUGGUUACUACAUGAUUCCAUAUGUGGUAUUUCAUAGUUUUGAUGUCUUCACUAUUAUUCUACAAUGUAGAAAAUAGUAAAAAAUAAAGAAAAACACUUGAAUGAGUAGGUGUGUCCAAACGUUUGACUGGUAGUUUAUAUUCUACUGUAUUUUAACCUGAUAUAUUUUCUACUGUAUAUUUA